UUGUUUUUUUUUUUUUUUUUUCUUCUUUCAAUUCUAACCGUUCAUAAAAUGUCCACCAAACCAAUAGUUAGAUAAUCAAAUAAUCCUUAUUUUUAAUCCAUGAUACAUCUAAAUUGGUACCCAUAAUUUGGACAGUUUAAUUUGAAUUACUUAUAAUCCAUAUAUCCAAUUUCUAGGUGCUUGCAUAUCAUCCAUCACACUCAACCAGAGUAUCAAAGUUCCUCUCUUUUCCAAAAUGUUAAUGAUCCAAACGGCUUUUUAGGACAGCCAAACGCUCCUUAUAUGGCUGCCAUUUUCUCAACAUAACUAACUAAACCACCACCACAAAAUACCCUCCAAUUCCAACCGUUUUCUUGAGAAAUUUCCAUUUUUGUCCUCUUAAUAGUUCCAUCCCAAGAUAAUUCCCCCCCUUGAACUCUUGGGACCCACAAAGGAAAUCUACAAUUUCAAUUUUCCGUUCUUCUAAUUAUCGAUUGGACGGAUGGAUCCGGUGGAGCUGAAACGUGUUUUCCAAAUGUUCGAUCGAAAUGGCGACGGUCGGAUCACCAAACGCGAGCUCGGUGACAAGUUAGAGACUCUGGGAAUUUUCAUUCCUGACAAUGAAUUAGGGGCGAUGAUCGAUAAGAUCGACGUGAACGGCGAUGGAUGUGUGGAUAUCGACGAGUUUGGGGAGUUGUAUCAGACGAUCAUGGAUGAGAAGGAUGAGGAAGAGGAUAUGCGGGCAGCAUUUAACGUGUUUGAUCAGAACGGAGACGGUUUCAUCACUGUUGAGGAGCUGAAAUCGGUCCUUUCAUCGCUGGGCCUUAAGCAAGGACGGACGGUGGAGGAUUGCAAGAUGAUGAUAAGGAAGGUGGAUGUGGAUGGAGAUGGGAUGGUGAAUUUCAAGGAGUUUAAGCAGAUGAUGAGAGGAGGAGGUUUUGCUGCAUUGAGUAGUAGUAGUAGCUGAGGGGAGGGGUUGUAGAUUGUAAAUAGUUUUGUUGGGAGGGGGGUGAAUGUAUUUCUUUAUGGGAUUAUAUAUGGGGUUUUGAUAGAAUGUGGGUCCCACUGGCUAUUAUGGUGGGUCUUUUUCUAUGAUUGGAUGGCACUCGUGUUAGAGAUAUGGACCAUUCAUCAAAGUAGCAUAGAUCAGGCUUGUAGAAGAAAAGGUCCAACGGUCCAAAUUCUCACUUGAUGAGUUUAUAUUUCAGGAUCUCAAAGGUGCGUGUCAUCCAACGGUGGGAACAAGGCCUCCCUCUAUGGUAGGAUGUUGGAUCCCACGGUCUAUCAAAAAUCUCAUGAAUGUUUUCGAAUUUCUAAGGGUGAUGAUUUGAGGUGGUUUUGGUGCA